AUGAUCUUGAGAGAUUUGGGCACACAAUUCACUUCAUUAGUGUUUGAAUCAAUUACAAAAUCAUUAGGUAUUAAAUUAUCUCAUUGUACUCCUCAGAGACCGGAAUGCAAUGCACAAAGUGAACGAGUUAAUACUUCAAUCAAAACUUCUUUACUUACCCUUCAUGAAAAAGGUGUUUCAUUUCAAAAUGCAUUGUUAAUCCAUCAGAAUAUUUACAAUGGUACUAUUCAUCCUUCAACAGGCUAUUCUCCUAAUAUUUUGCAUUUUGGAAGAAACUUAUCUUUACUUUUUGAUACAUUUCAUCCUGAUCCAAGGCCAGCUCAAUUGGAUAAAUCCCAUUAUUUGUGUGAUCUUCUAACGCAGCUGAAAUUAACUUAUGAACAUGCCUAUGAGACGCUUGAGCGAAAACAAGUAGAACAAAAUACUCGUCAACUGAAAAAUGCCAAAUUAAGAUCAUUCAGUAUUGAUGACGUAGUGUAUCUGAAAUCUAAGGAUACAUUUAAACCCAGAUUUUCUGGACCAUUCUGUAUUGUUUCAAAAUCAAGUGAUGUAAACUACACUAUUCGAGCACUUGACAAUGAGUUUGCUCAACCAUUCAAAAUUCACAUCAAUCGCCUUCGUUUAGCUCCAAAACGAUUCUCUCACUUAGUUCAAAAUCCACCUCCUGCUCCUCAAGUUACACAUCAGUAUAAUCUAAGAAAAAGACAGCACGUUUAA